GGGCCCGGCGUGCCUUUCCGAGCGCGAGCGCGCGGCGAGGUCCCACCCCGGCGUCUGCGGAGCCCGCGGCGCAACUGGUGCGAGGGCUCGGGGCUCGGGGCCCGCCUCGCCGGCCGCCCAGCUCCGGCCGCGCGCCCGCCCGGGCUUUGCAAGGCGGGGGCCUGUCUGCGGAGAGCCGGGCACUUGCAUGAAGCCGCUGGACCCCACGCAGCAGCGGCGGCAGCGGCGGCAGCGGCGGACCCCGGCGGCGGCGCGCGGUCGGAGCCGGGCGGCCCGGGUGUCCGGGCCCCGGUGGAUGCGCGGCUGGGGAGCGGCCCAUGGGCCGGAGCUGAGGCUGCCGGGGGCGGCGCGGCGCGGCGCGGGGGGCGCGGCCGAGGCCCGCGGGCGGCGGCGCAGGAGGAAGCGGAGGAGGACCGGCGCGCGGGGCCCGGGAGGCAGGCAGCGCAGCGCCGCCGCCGCCGCCGCCGCCGCCGCAGCCCGGGGCUCGCCAUGCUCGUGGCCUCGGCCGUGGUGGUCUGGGAAUGGCUGAACGAGCACGGCCGCUGGCGUCCCUACAGCCCGGCCGUGAGCCACCACAUUGAGGCGGUGGUCCGCGCCGGUCCCCGCGCCGGGGGCAGCGUGGUGCUGGGCCAGGUGGACAGCCGUCUCGCGCCCUACAUCAUCGACCUGCAGUCCAUGAACCAGUUCCGCCAGGACACGGGGACCCUCCGCCCGGUUCGCCGCAACUACUACGACCCGGCCUCGGCCCCCGGCAAGGGCGUGGUGUGGGAGUGGGAGAACGACAACGGUUCUUGGACGCCCUAUGACAUGGAAGUGGGCAUCACCAUCCAGCACGCCUAUGAGAAGCAGCACCCCUGGAUCGACCUCACUUCCAUCGGCUUCAGCUACGUCAUCGACUUCAGCACCAUGGGCCAGAUCAACCGGCAGACCCAGCGCCAACGCCGCGUCCGCCGGCGCCUGGAUCUCAUCUACCCCAUGGUCACCGGCACCCUGCCCAGGGCCCAGUCCUGGCCGGCCAGCCCCGCGUCGGCCGCCUCGCCCGCGGCCCCGCCCUGCUCCUGCCCGCAGUGCGUUCUGGUGAUGAGCAUCAAGGCGGCCGUGGCCGACGGGGGCACCGGGCCCCUGCAGCCCCCAGCGGCCCGCAAGAGCAUGCCCCCACCUGGAGCGCUCAAGCUGCCCCCGCCGCCAGGUCCCGGGGCCAAGCCACUGGACAGCACGGGCACCGUCCGAGCGCCGGGGAAGACUGUCGCAUCGCAGGCGAUCCGGCGACAGGCCUCCAGCGCGCCGGCAGGGGUGACGGCGGGCUCUCCCGCCAGUCCCCCCGGAGCCAACGGCAAGACCGGAAGGGUGGCCCUGGCGACCUUAAAUCGGACCAGCCUGCAGCGACUGGCCAUUGCCCAGUCCCGGGUGCUGAUCGCCUCUGGGGUCCCCACCGUGCCAGUGAAGAACCUAAAUGGGUCCAGUCCUGUGAAUCCUGCCUUGGCAGGAAUCACUGGGAUUCUCAUGAGCGCCGCGGGGCUGCCUGUGUGUCUCACCAGGCCCCCAAAGCUGGUCCUCCACCCACCCCCGGUCAGCAAGAGCGAAAUCAAAUCCAUCCCAGGGGUUUCCAACACGAGCCGCAAGACUACCAAAAAACAAGCCAAGAAAGGUAAAACCCCUGAAGAAGUGUUGAAGAAGUAUCUGCAGAAAGUCCGGCACCCGCCAGAUGAGGACUGCACCAUCUGCAUGGAGCGCCUCACGGCCCCCUCGGGCUACAAGGGCCUGCAGCCAACAGUCAAGCCUGACCUGGUGGGCAAGCUGUCCAGAUGCGGCCACAUCUACCACAUUUACUGCCUGGUCGCUAUGUACAACAAUGGCAACAAGGAUGGAAGUCUGCAGUGUCCAACCUGUAAGACCAUUUAUGGAGUGAAGACAGGCACCCAGCCUCCGGGGAAGAUGGAGUACCAUCUCAUCCCUCACUCCCUGCCUGGCCACCCCGACUGCAAAACCAUCCGGAUCAUCUACAGCAUCCCUCCCGGCAUUCAGGGGCCAGAACACCCGAAUCCUGGGAAGAGUUUCAGCGCCCGUGGCUUCCCACGACACUGCUACCUUCCGGACAGCGAGAAAGGGAGAAAAGUGCUGAAGCUGCUGCUCGUGGCCUGGGAUCGCCGCCUCAUCUUUGCCAUCGGUACCUCCAGCACCACGGGCGAGUCAGAUACCGUCAUCUGGAACGAGGUCCACCACAAGACAGAAUUCGGCUCUAAUCUCACAGGUCACGGCUACCCAGACGCCAAUUACCUGGAUAAUGUGCUGGCUGAACUGGCUGCCCAGGGCAUUUCAGAGGACAGCACUGCCCAGGAGAAGGAUUGAGCUGGGGGGGGAGGGGGGUCUUUGGGCCAGGAGGGGCUGUGGGGACCACAGGGCAGGAAGCGGGAGAAUCAAGGUGGAAGUCGGUGCCAUGCCCUCCCGACUCCCUCAUUUCCCCUUCUGUCCUAUCCCCAUCCCCCAUCCCCCCUGGCCACAGCGGGGAGUGAGAUUGAGUAAGGUGACAUCAUUCAUAAACCUCAUCCGCCACAAAGGGGACAAGGGAUGAGGGCCAUCCUCGGUCUGUUCCCAUGGAGUUUUCGGUGCUGGGUAGGCAAGAACCCCCCCACCCCCCUAAGUAGGGGGCACAGUCAGCACACUUAGGGUACGGACAGUGCGUGGGCACUCCAUACCCUGGCCUUGUGAAGCCUGAGAUUCAGUACCUCAGCUGGCUUCUUGCUGCUUCCACUCUCCUUUGAGAGCGGAGUUUCUGCUUUUCUCUCCUCCUCUGGAGGCGAGGAGCUCUCACUGUGCAAGAUUGGGGGGCAAAGGGGUGAACUGCUAAACUGCUGUGACAUCAGAAAUCAAUGCCUCUGUGUACAGCAAGGAAGCACUUCUCACCAAGAGGGUCAGGGAGGCAAAGGCUUCUGGGAGCACAUUUAGCUCUCAUAACAGUCAUUGGCUUCUCUGGGCCCUCCCUCCUCACAUUUUUGACCUGUCCAAAGAGGCAUCUGGUUCUCUUGUGUGGAUGGAUGGACUCUGGGAUUCCUCUCUGGGGUGGCAUCCCAUGAUGUUUCCAGCCCCUCUCUGAUCAGACCAGAGUCUGCAUCCCACUUAGCAUCUGAACUGUCCUCAGGGAGAGGAGCCCAAAGCCUUCUUCCCAACUCAUCCCAGACCAGCUCAAAGAUUCCAUGAGUUUCAUCAAGUCACUGUGAGUAGAGCCCACGCUGGGCUCUGUGCCAUCUGUGUAUGUGCAUAUAUAUGUGUGUGUGCGUGUAUGCACCACUGGGCCAGGUUGGUGGACAGUCCCAUCCUGUUCUCCCAUUCUGUUUUGCAAACUGUCAAACUCCAGUUCUGAUGGGGAUCAAACAAUCAAGCUGUGGUUCCUUAACUUUCCUCACCCUUUGCAACCCAUCCCAUAGUAAACUUGGACCCAGAUGGUAACAAUCAUGCAUCUUGCCAGAUGCCCCAAGGAACUGUGCUUGGGAAGAAGUGUAAGAUGAGGGCUGGACUGACCCCUUUUUAUAUCUCUUUCAAGAUUGGAUCUAACCAAUUCACCCAGUCUUGUUUCUAUGAGGGCUUUGAUCUGUCUCCAUGUACAUUUGCUAAUCAGAUCUCAGAGGUGGUGCUGGGCCCCUCAUCUGUUGCAGAUUGACCUAGAGCAUGGAGGGAGACUUUCUAGCUCAUUCCUAACAGGGUUGGGACCACAUCAUGGUCCAGUCCAACCUGCAUUUGGGUUGUGUCCCAAGACUCUAUCCCCUCUCCAGCAUUCCUCUUGCUUUUCGCUUCCCUUAAGGAAUAAAUUGGGGGUCAGGGAGGAGAGAAGGGGGAUCAAGAAGGGAAACCCAAUUCCCCCUUUGAAAGUGGGUUCUUUGAACUAUAUGUUUGAGGGAAGUUCCUCUGGAUACUAAUUUGAAUUUAUAUACCUCAUGUUUUGGGGGUUUGACGUAUAUAUAUCCAUAUAUAUUUCAUAAUAUUUGGAAGGUUUUUGAUGCUAGAAAAUUGAAACAAAAGAACCUUCAGAAAUGGUACUUAAGUUAGAACCUGAAGCCAGGCUUUCCUGCGAACUGGCUCUGUAGCUCCUUGCUGUUUGCCCAUAACCGUUUUGACGUCCGUGUGGCCAGUGGACUCCCCUGAGUGUCACCCAGUUCCUUGGGACAUGCUGGUGCUGAGCCUUUCCCCAUUCUUCAAAUGGCUAUCAAGAUGCUAAUUGGCUCCAGCAGAGGGAGCUCUGAUAGGAGGAAUUGUUCCUGACACCUUAGGUCCAGUUUCUCCCGUCAGCCGGCCACCAUCUUAUCUCACCAGCGGACCAGGACAUUGGACCUGAGUUCACUGCACCACAGGGCACAGUUUCCUGCCACAGUCGGGAGGAAACAUAUGAACUCAGUGGAAGGGACAUCGCUGCGGUGUUUAAUAUCACACCCCGUGCCCUCUGCCAGGCUACCGUGUAACAGAGAUCAUUGAAGAGCCUCACUGUAGACUUAGUACCAUCUCCGCCUUCAGCAGGAGACCCGGGUCAAGUGUCUGCUGAGCUUCUCACCCACCGGGAUCAGGAAAGAUUUGAGGGUCAGUGAGUAGAAACACACAGCUGUGGAGUAGGUGGGGAGAGGAAGAAAAUACACUCUAACAACUGGCAGUGGUCAGCGGGGAGAGGCUGGUUUCCCUGCAGCAGGCAGAAGAAGGGAUGGACGGGGAAGGGGACAGCUGAGCAAAGAAGGGAGAGGACUGCGAAUGGACCAGGCAGGGUGCCAGGGGCAAUACCACUUUGAGAGUGAGUCUUCAUACUUCAAGACUUCCCUGUCUAGGAUGCUGACUAUGUCUGUGCCCCGGUUCUCUUCCUUUCUGAAGAUGCUCCAUAGGCGUGACCUCAUCCUUAUGCUGUUCUUCCGGGGGGCUUUCUAGGCAGAAGGGAUCUUGAAUCUCCUUUCUAACACUGUGCCAGGCAAGGCGGGGGCAUCCCUUUGCCCUUUCCCUGCACCAGCCUGGAAAGGCACAGUCUCGGGCUCAGUGAGAACCCUGCAAGCAGGGGUCCUGAGCACCCACCCCUCCAACAUAGGAUGUUUUCCCACCACUGCUGUUCCCGCUGUGUCUCCUGGCCCGCGAGGGGAAUCCCAUGCCUUUCCUUUCAUGCACCAGCAGCCUACUUUCUCCCUUCCUGAGUCUCCAGGGAUGACAAAUGGGAUUGAGGACAAACUCUGUCAGAUGCGCAUCCCUUAAAGGUUACUUGUGUAUAUGUGGUUGUGCGUGCCUUUGUGUUUCAUACCCUUUCCUCUACCUUUUUUGUAAAACUUGGACUUCUCUGUGGUUUUACACUUGGUCAAAAGUACUCGUCCUGUUAUUGCACUGCUGUGUGCAUGAGAGGGUAGGGGGCAGGCCGCAUGUAGUACAAGAAAGGGCCCUGUCCCCUUUUCUUGUCUGUGGUCACUGGCAAUUGAGUGGGGGUUUUCUGGGAGAGGGAAGGCGAAUGUCCUAAUGUAAAUCUUUGUAACUGGUGUGUUUUGAAGUCCUUGGUGUUGCUCUGUGAGAGGACAUCGCCACCUGGUGCUCAUGAGGUGUAUGUGCAGAACAAUAAAUGGCAAGUGAACAACCACAAAUUGCUGUUAACCUUCUGCUUUUUGCAGAUUAGGGCACCGAAUUGUGAGGCAUUUGGGGCACUUCCCCGAUCUGUAAGCAAUCACAAGCCCCAAGUUGGGGUGGGGGAAUCCCUUUUCUCUUUUUCCCCCCACAUCUUUUCCACCCAUACAUUUGACCAAGGGACCGGGCUUGACUUCUUGUUCCUCUCAAGAACUAGACUGCACCGCCUCGGCUGGGGAAAUGUAAGUGAAUCUAUGUGGGAAAGACCGCCUUAAAAAACACAAAUGUUUCUUACAGUUCCCUCCACCUGACUACUAUGUAGGGUAUGUUUCAGUAAUUUGCAGGCUGUUGUUUCUCAAAUAAAUACUUAGUAUUAAUCCCUACACUAACACGAACACAAAAUGCAAAUGCAAAGCUGCCCUGAUCACCCAAAUGUGUCUCUAUUUUUGAGAGUCUAGAGAGUGUUGUUUUCGCGAAGCUGGGGUUCAUCUUCCCACAGAGCCCAGCCUGAGCUCCUGGGUCAAGACAGCAGAGCCUGUGAAAUUCCCACUCUGGGUUCUGACUUUGCAAAAUGACCAGAAAACUGCAAACCCCCGCAUUUUCAUUUCCUGUGGAUGAGCAGUCAGACACGUGUUCCUUAAGUACACAUUUUAAUGCAUACUUAUGCAUAAUUUUGUUAGAAAUGUAAGUUUGUGAAGAACUUCUAUUUCAAAGGGCAGUUAGCAUUAAAAGUCUGAGAGCCCUUAGCUGUACUUUGUCUCUGACUCAGUCGUCUUCAAGGAAUUCAUGGGGGAAUUUGCAAAGAAGUGGUUAGUUCAGCUGAAAUUUACCCACAAAACCCCCAGAGGUUUAGGAGACUAUUUUAAUGCUUAAGCGGCAGAGUUCAGAGACGAGGUUGCAGAAAUCAGUGUUGGCGGCUGGGCAGCCGGGGAUGAGUGUGAGUGUGAGUGUGAAGGUGAGGGUGAGACGAACGAGUAGCCUCCUUCCCAUCUUCCCACAGGCUGGGAUGCUGCAGGCUUCUCAGAAGGAUUUAUGUAAGCCUAAACUCAUGAUUGUGAAUGUUAACGAGGUGAGGACAGAUUAUCCUUCAUAAAAAUUAACUCAUUCGUGGCAUCUGAUUCGGUGAAGAGACAUGUAACUAUUAAAAAUGUUGUAGAGAAGGAGCGCCUGGCUGGCUCAGUGCGUAGAGCAUGUGACGCUUGAUCUCAAGGUUUGUGAGUUCAAGCCCCAUGUUGGGAGUAGAAUUUACUUAAUUAAAAAAAAAAUUUUUUUUAAUGUCGUGGAGAGGUAUUAGUAGACUCACCUUAAUCGUUACAAUUCGGUGAGAUUGGUAUAAAAAUUGGGCCAAACCUCCCCCCUCAAAAAAAAAGAAAAAAGAAAUAAAUAAAGUUGAGCAAAGCCCCAAAUGCCAGGAAACACUCAUGCAUCCUGCUGGAUGCCUGAGGGAAGUCAGCCUGGAACAGAAAUAAAUGUAUCACAAAUGGUGUUGGAUGCCUUUUUUGUUUCAUUUAAAAACAUAGAUUUGAUCAUGUUAGCCUCUUUUCUGCUGGGGGAAAAAAAACAAAGGUAAGGUACAUAAUUGGUAGGUUCUGCUCUAUUUUGUUUUAGGGAGGAAAUAAUACUUAGGUGUGGGUUUACUUUGUCUCCUGCCCCUAGAAAAAUGGAGACUUCUUGUUGGAAUGUGGUGUGUGGAGGGAGGGUGGGGGUGUGUGUGCACACAUGUGUUUGGGGUGUGUGUGUCUGGGGGAUGUGUUCAGGGGGUGCACACAUGUGUGUUCGGGGGUGUGUACAUGUGAUGCGAGGACAGAAAGGGGAAGGGCCCCUCAUGGACGAAGCAGGGGUAGUACUCUGGUAACAGAGACCAGGAAACUGUAAUGCUUGUUCUACCCCAAUCUGCAGCUCCAUAAGCCAGGGAGGUGGUUAAGGGUAACCAGUUUCCCCUGAGUGCCUGGAUCUUGUCCAGUUCUCACCCUUUUUUUAACUUAUGCCUUGUCUCCAAACCAUCCCUUCUCCCUUGACCUCCUAAUAGAAGAUUAUAAGUUAAAAUAUUUUUUUGAGGACUUUAUGACACUCGUCUGAAGUCCAAAAGUGACCUGGUCUGAGUGAGUCAGGAUUGUGGCUGGAAGGCUGGAAAACGUGGGACUUAGUAGAGACAACAUCUUGCUGUUCAGAUGAGC